AUCAGUUGCGUAAAAUAAAGAAUGACGUUCGAGCUUUUAAUACGAAGGAUAUCGAUAAACAAUCGAUUAUAGCAGUGGUUUAUCUCGAUGUAACUCAUACAAAAGUGCUUCCAUUAUCAAUAAUACGAUUUCGAAAGAUUGUUGAGAAAAGUCACACUUAACCUUAUAAGUAGAUUCUAAAAUGUCAAAUUGAAAAAUUGUGUCUGUAGGAAAAACAAUAAAUGCGCCCAACAAAAAUCGACAUCCGAGCCGUAAUAAGGCUGUGUAGGGUUAGAAGCAGUUAGCAUUUGAAGAAAGGUCAAUUGAACAAAGAAUAAGCACGCGCGAGUGAUUAAGCAUUCAUCCUAACAACUAAAAACAACUAAAAUGACGGUUAUGGAUUUUUUUGGUUGUGCUUUCUUGGCAUUUGGACCUCCAUUUGCCAUGUUCACAUUUACUAUAGCUAAUGAUCCUAUCAAAAUUAUAAUAUUAAUUGCCAGUGCCUUUUUCUGGCUCAUUUCUUUACUUUUAUCAUCCGUGCUAUGGUAUGCUGUUGUUCCACUUCAAGAUCAUCUUUCAUUUGGAUUAAUAUUUUCAGUAUUGUUCCAAGAAGCAUUCAGGUACCUUUUAUACUGGGUAUUACGCAAAGCUGAAAGAGGCUUAGAAAAAGUAACAACAACUCACGUAGCCGAUAGCAGACACGUAUUCGCAUACGUUUGUGGCCUAGGCUUUGGUUUCAUGAGCGGAGCUUUUGCUCUGGUCAAUGUGUUAGCAGAUGCGGUAGGUCCUGGAACCAUGGGCAUUCGACAUGGUACGGAAUACUUCUUCAUUGUAUCAGCAUCCACCACAUUGUGCUUCAUUUUACUCCAUACAUUCUGGGGUGUCAUCUUUUUUGCUGCUCUCGAUAAGCAAAAAUGGGGACAAAUAGUGUGGGUCGUAGCAUCACAUUUGUUUGUCUCUUGCAUGACACUAUUAAAUGUAUACAAAUUUUAUGUAGUCAGUAUCUCUUUCGCUUAUAUUGUCUUAGUCAUUAAUGCGGCUCUUGCCUUUAAGGUCGCAGGUGGAAAAAUACAGAAUAUAGCUCAGUGCUUUUUAAGAAACUAAGAAUUUAUAUAAGAAAUACUUGGCUAAUAAGGUAUAGAUUUAAAUAACAAAUAUUUCGUUUUUUAUAAGAAUAAAAGUCUGGACGCAAUACAUUUAAUUUCCUAAUAAAUAACUAGUAAAAAACUUUAUGAUCUCUAGUUAUACUUAUUAAAUAUUUACUAUCAAAAUAAAAGAGAACAAAAAAAGAAUUAAAAAUAAACAAAAGCAUCGAGAACCACAGCCAAAUUGUAAAUACACUAUUUAAUUGAAUUCUUCUAAAAUUUCUGUUGCAAAAGCUAUUUUAGAUAACCCAAUCUAUUUAACUUGGUACGCUCUAGCAUUAAGUUUUUUGGUAAAAUUGCUAGUCCGUCCCUUAAUCCAUUGAGAUAAAUGAUAAUACUGUAGUUAUUGUUCAAACUGCAGUAGAACAAAGACAAUGUUUUAAUUUAAAAUCUAGUUACAUGAUACAGUGUACAGCGUAUUCAUUUGAGAAAACUAAUAUCUACAAUGUGUGUGACUGUAUGAGUGUAUGUUGUGUAUUUAAUGUGUAUGAUAUAAUGAUACAGAUUACAUUAUGCAAAAGUUUAAGAACAGACUAUUACUUGAAUAUAAUAUACAAAAGACGCGAUAAGUAAGGAAUUGUUCAUUAAUUUUAUAUAUAUAUAUAUGAUAGUUUGUUAAAAAUGUAAUUUAGAUAAUUACUAGAUCAUGUUAUAUCCCGCACUCUAUUUCAUUUACGUCAUGUCAUAUUUCAUAGUAGUUUAUUAACCCCAACUCAUUACAUUUCAUAUAUUAUGUAAUUCAAAUAAAAAACCAUUUUU